UUCUACCCUCAUAGAAAACACUUCCUCUUCUGGCUUCUCAGCCAAUUUCUUGGUCUUCAGGUUCCAUUAUUUCUAAUUUCUUUUCUUGAAUUCUUCAUCAUAUAUAUAUGAUCAUGAAGGUUACAGCUGAGAAAAGAUAUGCUCUUCUGCUAGCAGCAAGAGACUCUGAUUAUGUGAAGAAGGUGUAUGGAGGAUACUUCAAUGUGUUUGUUGCAGCUUUUGGUGAAGAAGGUGAGAGAUGGGAUUUGUUUAGGAUUGUUGAUGGAGAGUUCCCUGACAUGAAUGACCUUCCUAAAUAUGAUGGGUUUGUAGUCAGUGGUAGCCCUUAUGAUGCCUAUGGAAAUGACUUUUGGAUUCUCAAGCUUUGUUUCCUCUUGCAAACUCUUGAUGCCAUGGAAAUAAAAGUUCUUGGCAUUUGCUUUGGCCAUCAGGUUCUGUGUAGAGCAUUAGGUGGAAAGGUAGGGAAAGCAUACACAGGGUGGGAUAUUGGACUAAGGAAAGUGAGAAUAGUGAAGGAUUUGUCACCAUGCAAUUUCCUUAGCAACUUAAGUGAAAUCCCAGCUUCACUAUCAAUAAUUGAGUGCCACCAAGAUGAGGUAUGGGAAGUUCCAUUAGGAGCUGAAGUAAUUGCUUUCUCAGAUAAAACAGGAGUGGAAAUGUUCACCAUUGGAGACCAUAUAUUGGGCAUUCAAGGCCAUCCUGAGUACACCAAAGACAUUCUUUAUAGCCUCAUUGAUCGCCUUCUCAACAGCAAUUCCAUAGAGGUUGAGUUUGCUGAAAAUGCCAAGCUUGGAUUGGAAAUAGCUGAACCUGACAGGAAGUGCUGGGAAAGGAUUUGCAGGAAUUUUCUCAAGCGAAGGAAGUGUAGAUAUAUAAAUCUAUAAGUCCACUUCCACAUCCUGAGUUUGGUUGUAUAUUGUUUAUUGAAGCUACCCAAAUUAAAAAAUUAACGCUCUAUUGACUUUUUUGUUUC